CCUUAGUUUUCCUUUGUAACGUAAUUAAUAAGUGCUGAUAUUAUGGGUAAAAAUAAAGGCAAGGGGCCCAAGGGACCUAAAGCCAAUGUUUUUAAAGUAGCUGGAGCGAAGAGUUUGAAGAAAACAAAGGCAAAAGCUGUGAAUCUAGGAUUGAAAAAUAUAAAACAGAAAGUCCAAGAUAUAGACAAGCAAUUUGUAGAAAUAAAUAAAAACCCAAAGCCUACUCAGAAACCCAAAGAGCCUGUCAAACAGCCUCCAAUAAAAUCUGUGAAGAAAGUAACCAAGGAAGAAGUGUCAAAAACUGCAGAAGAAAUAGUGAAAAUGGAUUUAUAAUUUUAUAAAUUAAGUAUAUUUAUUUAAAUUUUA